CUGUAAUAAACAAUAACAAUGCAUAAAUAAAAAGGUAAAUUGAGAUAACUUGAUAAAGGAGAGGAUCAAGUUAUACAUCCACUUAGCUGGUUGACUUUUUAGUGCUCUAUUCCAGACAUGUAAUAGAGAUUUGCUCAUUAAAAUUUUGCCAAAUUAAUGUAAUUUUUGGGCAAUUAGAAAGAUUCUGAUAACUACCCAUCUCUCUAAAAUUAUUCCUAAGUUACAUUUAUGAAACUGAAUGGAUAGUGUGAUGCAAAUUACAAUGGAUAGUAGCAGUAUGAGACAGGGCAGCAGGGUAGGUCACCAACUCCCACUUGCUUUCUGACAAUGGAAAAAUUGUGAAAAUUGAGGUAUCAACAAAUAAAUGCUUCUGUAGACUAAAUUUCUUUUUAUAAACUCUAAACAGUCAUAGCCAGUAUUUAUCUUCCUAUCAUUUGCCUACUUUAGACAUCUGGUUGAGUGAAGAAAACUGUCCACUUUUGGACAUUUGACCAAUUGACAUCAAGUGGGUGUAUAGACUAUAGAGUGUCAAAAACAAAGCUUGCGUGCUUAUGCCAACUUUCUUCUUCCCUUAAAAGCCCACGAGCUGGUUUUACACCCUUUAAGGAAAAAAAAAGAAACAGGCUCUCCUCACUGCAAAAGCCAUCUGAUUUAUAGAGUGAGUGAAGUGAGUACCUUAGAAAUGAGAAACACUGGUCAAAGGCCAAAAUGUCUAUAUGUUUUUUAGCCGUGUUUGUUGGUUUUUAGUCGAAAGCAUUUUCAGUCCUCUGCUAAGUUUCAUGCUGUUUUAGGCAGCAAAAUGAUCACUUUUUGCUUUGUAGGUAGUUCCUGGAAGUCCCAGUACUCUUAAAAAUGCGAGAAGACAUGUUAAGUCUUGGAGUGUAAUCACGGGUCUCUGCGAACCCACUUGGCCGCUCUCUUUUCACAAUUGUUUACCUGGUUCAUACUCCUCAGACCCCUUCUGGUGUUCCCUUGUUUUUUCUCUUAGAGCAUAAUCGUGAUGGGAUUUCAAGGCAGUGGAGAAAGUAAAAUGUUGGGAUUGAUAGUGACAUCAUCAAGACACAAGCGUUCAAAGAGCUUUCCUGAUAAGAAAAGAGUUGAGAGGGAUGGCUUGGGUAGUCCCCUUGAAGCAGCAACUCGUAUAAAGCUGGAUAUGAGGCACUUGAAGGACUCUGUCAAAACCCAGGAGAAGCAAUCUCCCACUCUCAGCACUGAAGUCCAAAACUCUUUGAAGCAAGAGAUUUUACAGCUUGAGAAAAUAUUACAAGAUCAAUUUGAGGUUCGUCGUGCCUUAGAAACAGCAUUGGGUUAUAGAACUUCCUACCAUUAUGAUACAAAUGAAACAUCAGUGUCCAUAACUAAGCAAGCUACAGAGUUGAUCAAGGAAAUUGCUGUGUUAGAGUUGGAAGUCGUAUAUUUGGAACAGCACCUUCUCUCUUUGUAUAGGAAAGCCUUUGAUCAACAAGUGUCUUCUAUAUCACCACCUAAAAGGGAUGAAAGGUUAAAAUCAACAGUAGAUGCCCCAAGAGAGAGAUUUUCAGAAGUUACAAGACCUGAUGAUGCAUCCAAAGUUGAAAAUUCAGCUGCCCAGUCUCGUUAUUGUGACAAUUCAUACAAGGAGCAUAGUGGCAUUGGAGAAGAAAAACUAUUAGAUUCUGGUGUUCAUCGCUGUCAUUCCUCACUAUCACAGUGUUCAGUGUUUUCAAGCAGGACUUCUCCUCCAGAUGAUACUUUGGCUAAAGCUGUACGUGCCUGUCAUUCACAAGAUUUGUCGAUGGAGCAUUCUCAGAAUGCAUUGAAUAUAAUCAGUCUGGCUGAGCUUCUUGGCACUCGCAUUUCUGAUCAUGUUCCAGAGACACCAAACAAGCUUUCUGAGGAUAUGGUCAAGUGCAUGUCUAGUAUAUAUUGCAAGCUUGCAGAUCCACCUUUGAUCCAAAAUGGCUUUUCUUCUCCCAAUUCAUCCAUGUCACCAGCCAGUGCUUUUUCUCCACAGGAUCAGCAUGACAUUUGGAGUCCGGGGUUUAGAAAUAAUUCAUCUUUUGAUGUACGGUUAGAUAACCCUUUCCAUGUGGAAGGUCUUAAAGAGUUUAGUGGACCAUAUAGCACAAUGGUUGAGGUGUCAUGGAUUUUCAGAGAUAGUCAGAAACUGGGUGAUGUGGAACACUUGCUACAGAAUUUCAGGUUACUUAUCUGUCAACUUGAAGAAGUGGAUCCUCGGAAGUUGAAACAUGAAGAGAAGCUGGCAUUCUGGAUAAACAUACACAAUUCAUUAGUGAUGCAUGCAUUUUUGGCUCAUGGUAUUCCACAAAAUAAUGUGAAGAGACUCUUUCUACUGUUGAGGGCUGCAUAUAGCAUUGGAGGUCACACCAUCAGUGCAGAUACAAUACAGAGUUCCAUCCUUGGAUGUCGUAUGCCUCGUCCCGGACAGUGGCUUCGGUUAUUUAUUUCAAGGGCUAAAUUUAAAACUGGAAAUGAAAGACAGGCAUAUGCAAUUGAACAUCCAGAACCUCUUUUACACUUUGCACUCUGUUCAGGAAACCAUUCUGAUCCUGCGGUUCGUGCCUACACGCCAAAAAGGGUAUAUCAAGAGCUGGAAACUGCAAAAGAAGAGUACAUCCGGGCUACAUUUGGCGUCCGCAAAGACAAGAAAAUUCUGUUACCAAAGAUUGUAGAGUCAUUUGCAAAGGAUUCUAGUUUGUGUCCAGCUAGUGUCAUCAAAAUGAUCCAACAAUCAUUGCCUGAAUCACUUCGUAGGAGUGUUAGAAAAUGUCAGCUAGGAAAAUCCCGCAAGAUCAUUGAAUGGAUUCCUCACAAUUUUACCCUUAGGUAUCUAAUAUCUAAAGAAUUAGUAAGAUGAUUGCCAGUAUGCAUCAAUGCAUGGUGCUUGGGCAUGAUGCAUUUUUCAAGCAUUUUCAUUUGGAAGAUUUCACAAUUUUCCUUGUAUAAAGUAGAAAGGAAAAGGGAAAUGGUAGGAUAUUACGAUGCUGCAUCUUUUGUAAUGUAUUGUCAUUAUGAUGUGUCAUACAAUAGGGAGAGAAUAAAUGAUUUCUGUAAUGUGCAUUGAGGUUUGUAUAUAGUUUUGGUGUGAUCUCUCCCUUGAUUUACCCCAAAUACUUGCUCAUUUCCAUGCUUAUUUGCCGGUAUCAAAACGAAAUAUAGUACAU